AUGCCGGGGAGAAGGAGCCGUAGAGGGUCGAUGCGUCGACAGAGGCGGAACCGCUCUCGCACCUCUCGCGCCGAACUGACCUUCUCCGUGAGCCAAGUGGAGCGCCUGCUGCGGGAUGGCCACUACGCCCAGCGCCUGGGCUGGUCAGCACCCAUCUUUCUAGCUGCCGCAGUCCAGUACCUGACCGCCAAGAUCCUGGAGCUGGCAGGCAAUGAGGCCCGAAACAGCGGCAUGAGGCGCAUCACCCCGGAACUCAUUGACAGGGCCAUCCACAACAACGCUUUGCUCAGUGGGUUUUUCGGAACCACGACCAUCUCUCAGGUGGCCCCGGCUCAGGGGUAG